CAGAGCCCCGUGAAGACGGCGGCACGUUCAAUCGCGUUGAACGCGUUUGAAACGUCGAUUUGGAGAGCGAUGUGUCCCGCGUUGAUGUCAAGGUAGGCGCGGGUGAUGUGGAUUAUCACCUCCGCGCCGCCGGGGAUGGCAACCCCGAACUGAAUGGGUGUGAAGUGAAGCUGGGCGGGCCGUGCGGCGAGGUGGAGCACGGCUUUGGCGAUCAAACGGUGGAGGCACUCGCCGACAGCGAUAGGCCGAGUGCCGCCACCUGGCUUUGUGAAGGCAAGGAGGCGCGAGGAGGUGAGCAACGCGGAGGCCUCGGGGCAAAGAGCACCAGCGAGGGCCACGUUCGUGAGGGCCAGGAGGUGGCCACAAAUGUCGGAGUUGUGAAGCGCCGCGUCCCGGGAGGAUUUCAAAGGACGUCUCCGCGGGGCUAGUUCCUACGCCAUUAGGUAGCUGGCUGAUGAUGUGGCGGAAGGACUUCUCUGAGAUAGUGGGCUUACGCUUGAGGGUGUGUGAGAGGACCCACUCCGGAAUGUCAAGUGAGGCAGGUGGGUGGCGGGAAUGGAGAGCGGAAAACGUGUCGGCGGUGGAGGGGCUGACUGGGGUGGCUUCCAGCGCUUGAAGGGCUUUUCCAAGGUUCCCGUGCUUAGCUAAGCCCGAGGCACGGGACAGAAUCCCAGUCCUGUCAGGCAUGUGGCGCUGGGGUGGAGGGAGAGUGAUGGCAGCAAUGGCUUCGGCGUAAAGAUCUGCCCAGGAACCUCGGCGAAACGAGUCCAAUCGGCGCUCAACGGAGGGCCAAUCAGGCUUGCGGGCAGUGCCAACGCGGAGGGUAAGGCGGGCAAGGAAUAUCAGCAGGCGCCAGGCUGGCACCGAGUCUAGGUACUUGGCCAAUCGGAGGAGCGGGGUCAGCAGACAGCUGGCGAGUUGGUCCCGAAUGUGACGGGGUGGGUGGCGGCCAAGUGGGGGUUGGCGUCUGUCGCGAAGGGGAUCGAUUUCCCAGCUGGACACCUGGACGAAAAUAUCCUCCCGAACCGCCAGCGCCUCGGGCGAGAGAAAUUGGGGAUUCGGGUUCAGGAAGUCCUCGAAUUCCGCAUGUCUCCGGUUCGGGGCGGCUCGGGCCCCACCUCGCGUCGGGCCCCCUCCUUCUGCAGCACUGUUAUCCCCAAUCACAGACUCGGAGUCCCCCUCGGAAGAAGGGGUAUAUCUGGAGUCACCCGAUCCUUCCUCACCAUUCCCAGCAGCGGCGCUUUCUCCUCCAGCUGCCACCUUGCUCCCUUAGUCUAAUCUCCACACUGCUAGGGUGCUCCUGCCUGGCCUCUGCCCCCCAAUUAUCAGCCGUGUCAGCCAAUCUGCGGCGUACAGCCUGGACGAACGUGCCGCCUGUGCUUCCACGAGCUACACUCCUCCCCGCUCCUCGCCGUCCUCGUCCGUGGUCUCCGUUUUGACGCGGCGCUGGCCAUCGGCGCCCGUCGAGAUCGCCCCUGUGGGGUCCACCAUCAAACGCCUCCCCGCGAUGGCGUCAUCUCGGUCAUAUGGGUGCGGACGAUCCCCGGAGUGGGGGUACAGUCAGCGGGCAGGGGAUCGCUGACCCGCGCGGUCCCCGGAGCCGUGCUACUGCUCAUGGGCGCCCGAGUGGCGGAGCCCGCCCCGCCGCUUUCCGAUGCUUGAUGCUCACUGGCGCGGGUCGCGGAGGCCGUCGCCCAGCGACGGAGGCGAUGGCCCGGGCAGCGGCUGAGGACACGAUGCGGCUUCUGGACUCGGCCAGGGACUGCCUCGCGCGCCUGACGAUGGUGGUUGAGGUGUCGGGGUACGGCCUUGGCUGCUCCGACGAGGAAGGGCUGCUGUCGGAGAGGCAGCCGGUUGCAUGCGCGACGCAGACGGCGGUGGCGAGGGCGGUGCUGACCGCCGCGUGGCGCAGCGUGACCGCCGCGUGGUGCAGCGUGACCGCCGCGUGGCCCGGGCUCGCUCAGGGAAUACCGCUGCCGGUGGGGCCCACCGUCGUCCUGGCGGAUCUGGAGGGCAAGCUGGAAGGGGCGCAAGGUGUAGAAGUAAUCGACGGUGCCGUGUCAGUGUUCCGAGAGCUGGAUCGAGCUGUGUACUGUCUGCUGGAGGAUCUCUACGCAGCGAGGUAGCGGGAGAUCGACGGCUGGCGUAAUGCUGGUCCACGGGCGUUAGUCGCCCUGCCAGCGCUUCUGGCGUGGGUACCUGCAUGCAUAACGGAUGCUGGGGGUCCCCGCGGGGACCCCCAUCCCUUAAACGGCCUAGAAGGUCGGCUUGUAUGUCUUUGUUGAAGGGAAAACAGGGUUGAAGUUUCUUGCCAUCCCCGCGAGCAACAGCAACCGCAGGCCGCCGGCGCGAGCUGCCUCACAGCAAGUAUGCGAAGGAAGAACUGACAACUAGAAUAGGGAGGAGAAGCAGGAGAGGGCUUAUAUAGAGCAAGGAGAGGGCUCAGGAGCACUUGUCCCCUCUCCCUCAAUUGGUCCUUUGCAUAAGGUAGGGUAGGGUACAGGCAUGGCAGCGGACAGCGCACAACAGGUGAGACCUAACAACCCAGGCCAGGGGGCCUUAAGGGUCCCCCAGCACUGGCUCUAACACAUGCAACAGGUCCCCCACAGCGAGUGGAGCCGCCGGCUCACCCCAGGGCUGCUCCUCAGCGGCGAGAGCCUCGUUGAUCUCCGUGUUGAGGGCCACGGCUUGGCCCCGCUGCAGAGUAACCGACCAUCACUGGCGGUACUCGUGGAGCAGCUUUGCAGCCUCCGGGCAGGUGGGAGCCGCCUGGUGAUGCUUGCGUGCCGCCAACUCGGCGCACUGCUUGAGAAAGCCGAAGACGCCGGGCGAAGAGCAGCCAUACGUCUCCGUUGCCAUCGCAAAAAAGCCAACCCACUCCGCACGGGCCGGGGGGCGGUACUUGUUUUCCUUGCCCCGGGCUGCCACUCGAGCAGCCCAUCCAGUCCCCUUACGAGCCAAUGGAUCGUCAUGGGAGAUGGGAUCAGUCAGAGUGACGUCACACAUCCACACCACCCCUGAGUCCGGGUGGCGGAUGGCGACGUCCGCCCAAAGAUUGGAGACCCACGUGAAGAGAUUGGUCUGCUUCCGCGUAAUGAACCCCGCCUCGAUGGCUAUCCGAGCACAUUCAUCCCGCAGGGCGUGGUGCGCGCCCGUCCGACCUGGCCCAUUAGCGCACCUCAGGAGGUGGUUGGGAAGGCGGGGAUCGUCGAUGUCGGUACGGUCUGUGCAGUCACAGACGCCCAGGGUGGAGUGAGGGAGCCCCAGGCGGAAUGCCACGAUGGUGGAGAAGUAUCCAGGGCUGAGGCGGAGGGAGGACGAGAAGGGGAUGGCGUGCAGCCAGUCGUCCGCCCCCGGGCCCAUGAGCGAGAGCAGGCGCUGCGUGUGCCCCUGGAGCGGGUUGAGAGGCAUGCGGCGAGCCUGGUCCAGCUGGAGCGUGAAACGUUCCGCUUGCACCUGCAGCGCCAGCGCCCGCUGAAGCUUGGGCGGGUCCGGCAAGGUGCUA